AUGAAGGCGGUAGUCGUCAAGGAAGGAAAAGCGGUUGUCGUUCAUGACCGGCCCAAACCUCAGCUUCGAGAUCAUUUUGUCCUAAUCGAGGUCGCGGCUGUGGCCCUGAACCCAACAGAUUGGAAACAUUUGGACUACGGCUUGGUGGCAGACGGCUGCCUGGUUGGUUGCGACUUCGCCGGCACCGUCGUCGAGGUCGGUAGAGGCGUGAACAAAACGUUGUCCAGGGGAGACCGCGUGGCGGGCGUCGCACACGGAGGAAACAGUGUGCAGCCUGAAGACGGGGCAUUUGCCGAGUACGUCGUCGCCAAGGGCGAUUUACUGAUCAAGCUGCCAGACACCCUAAGUUUCGAGGAAGCAUCGACUUUGCCCCUUGGUGUUGCAACCGUCAUGCAAGGUCUAUACCAAAAGGGCUUGAAGCUGAAGCUGCCCGACGAGCCAAGCACCAAUACAGAGAACCCUUUUGUGUUGAUCUAUGGUGGAGCAACCGCGACUGGAGCACUAGGAAUUCAGUACGCUAGACUGUCCGGGUAUUCAGUUCUCACCACAUGCUCACCACAAAACUUCGAAUAUGUCAAGUCCCUCGGCGCAAGCGAGGCCUUCAACUACAAAGAUGCUAGCAACGGUGCGAGAAUCCGUGAAUUCACCAAAGAUGGACUCAAACUCGCAUGGGACAUCAUCAGCAAUGAAGAUUCGGCCAAGGUCUGCGCUGCGGCGCUCUCGUCUGACUCCACAGGUUGUCGGUACGCGUCGUUUUUGAGCAACCGAAGCCCGAGGGAGGACGUCGAAAGUGUCGGCACCAACAUGUAUACUAUCUGGGGGGAGCAUUUCAAGUCUGGAUCCUUGGAGUAUCCCGCCGACCAGGCGGAUUUCGAAUGGGCGAGAAAGUUUAUGGAGCUUACAGAGAAAAUUCUGGCCGCGGACCAUCUGAAACCUCAUAAGGUGGCGAUUAAAUGUGAUUUGCAGUUGCCUGCCUGCAACAAUUGCCGAACCACUGAUGUCGAGUGUACUUUCUGGGAUACCUCACUCAGGCGGGAGAUAUCAUGCAGCCGUCUCCAUUUCCUGCGCAAAAGGAAGCAGCAGCUCGAGCUAGAGAUCCAGAAUUUGAACGCCCAGGCUGCUGGCGAGUUGGGAGAAUCCAACCUUGACUUGAGGUCUGCGUCCACCAUUGAUCAAGGCUAUUUUUUGGACGUUUUGCAUGAUGAUGUUCCCCAGCACUCAGAACCGGCUUAUCUCGGCCCAGGAAACUCAGGUCGCCUUCUGGAACGCCUGCUGAAAAGCGCUAUUCAAUGGCAUUUCGAAAAUGGCAUAUCAACCCCAAAACGUCUGCUCCCGGAUGGAAGUUCCCGUCUGAUGGAAUUCAACCACAGCUAUCCGCAGCCAUCCUUUCUCAUUACAAACGACCAGCGAAAACUGGAAUUGCAAUCUCUUGUGCCACCUUCAACUCAGCGAGCAAUCGUACAGCACUACCUGAAGGUUGUGUCUGUGGAGUACACUUUGCUCCCUUCCGAUAGGGAAUCUGCGUUGCUGGCUCACGAGAACCCUCUGAGGUGGAUUGGUGCGAACAAGGAAACCCCUGAUGCUCUUGCUCUAAAUGUCGUGUUUGCCAUCUCCUCCACCCUGAUUGCUCGAGAUCUGGAUUCGAAUUUGUCUACCAUAUCGGCACGCUGCCUGAAUGAGUUACACAAGAUCGCAUACGUGAUUGGAUCAGAUAACUUGCGGAUGGAGAGAAUGAGAUGGACUUCCACCGCUUUAUGUGCGCUUGCACUCUGCGAAAUCAUCAAUCCAACCUCGGGGCAGCUAUGGGAUCUUCUGGGAGGAGCCUGUUCGACGAUUGAAGACCUCCGCCAAGAAUACCAGCUUCAAAAUAUCGAGCUUGACGACGCUUUCACAAGGCUAGAGCACUGCCUAAUCAAGCUGGAGAGACAACCAGAGGAUUUCUUUGAGAACUUGAUACCCCUACGGUUCCAAAUAACGUCAAUAAGCGCGAAUAUAAGUAUACAAUCUGCAAGGCUUUACGUUGCUUUGCAUCCACUCUUUACACCAUCAGACACCUCCCCCACGGGAACGUUCAAUGUCCUUCACUCUCGACUUUUCCAGAUUGUCGCGCAUUCUGCAUCUGCCAUUAUCGACCAUUUCGCUUACCUCAAUGAAAACGACAGAAUCAUCAGCGUCUGCAUGGCCGUGGAACAAGUCAUUGAGGCCGGAUUGGUCUGGGGGACUUAUCUAAUCAGCCACAAGGGGACUACGGAGACUCCAAAUCAAAAUGUGUACAAACUCGGGACCAGUCUCGCAAUGAGUCCUAUCUUCAAGGUUUCUACCAUCAUUGCCUCAUUUGUCGCUCGCUGGAAGAAUGGCUCGGCAUAUGCACAGGCGUGGGAAAGCUUUGUGGAACUGCUCCUCAAUAUGAUUUAA